ACAUGAACAAGCAGUAUCUAACUGUCAAAAUGCACUGAGAUAAGAGGCAGUUUAACGGCUUAGAAAUUAGCAUAUGAGUCUACCUAGGUUUAGCUUUCCACAAAGAAUACCAAGAGAGCAAAGCAAAUUUGAUUUUACAAGUAAAUUGGAAAGUUGUUUAAACUUGCAUGCCCUAUCUGAAUCAUAAAAGUUUAAUUUUGAUUAGACUGUCCCUUUAAGAGAGCUUUAGUGUGUCCUUUGGUUUUAUGUUUUCAAUAAUUAUGUAAUGUUAACAUAUUUUGCAACUGAUCUGUCAUCUUCUUGCCAGAUUAUAUAUUCCCACGGAAUGGAACCCACAGACAAGACAAACCUAUACCAAAUGACACCUGAGGGAUUUGCUAAUGAGUACAGUGUGCCAUCGUCUACCCUUCUUCCACUACCAGACGUCACACCAGCACCUCAAGCUCAGAAGUUACAGAAUUCAGAAGUUUAUACUCUCAUAAACAGCAUCCCGUUGAACCGCUGGAAGGAGUUUGUCAGACGCUUAGGCCUGAGUGAUUAUGAUAUUGACAUUUCUGAGCAAGAGAAUAAACGUAUCCAAGACGCUCAGUAUGCCAUGCUUCGUAUCUGGAUGGAUCGAGUGGGUGCCAUGAGGGCCACAAAAGAUGCAAUCUGCAGAGUGUUGAGAGAUAUGGAAUUGGGAGGAUGUAUAGAAAGAAUUCAGGAAUCCCUGUGAUAGCUGUACCCAGAUAUAGACCAAGGUCUACCAAAUGUACAAUAAUCGUUAUCUUAAAAACAAAUAUGUAAGUGUAAUGCCAUAAAGAGAUUGGGAACCUCUAAGUCUCAGCGUUUAGAACGAGCAAGUUAUCAUUUUGGCAGAAGCAUAGUACAAAACAUGAUGGAGAGACGUAGAUUUUACUGAGCCACCGAAACCAGUAUCUCAUCAGCCAUGUCAGUAAAGUUGGGACACCCAGGCCUAACUAUUUGCUUACCAUUUGACCAUGGGCGCUCUUAACUUUAUCAUUAAAGGGACAUUAUACACUAGAUUUUUCAUUGCAUAAAUAUUUUGUAGAUGAUCCAUUUAUAUAGCCUAUACAGGUUUUUUUAAUAAAAAGGUAUAGUUUUGCUUAUUUUUAAAUAACAUUGCGCUGAUUUUCAGACUCCUAACCAAGCCCACAGUUUUAGAAGAAUACUAACGUAUACCUACUGCAGCUUGCUCCUGUUUGUGUAAAGAGUCUUUUCAUAUGCAGAGGAAGGGAAUAUGUGGGGAGUGUCUUCUCGUUUUGCUAUAGAACCACUUGCAGUGGGCUUUCCAGCUACCUUUUCAACAGAGCUAAACUGGAAGCUUCUAAGUUCCUUUUUAAAAUGGUUUUAUACUGGAUUUUUAUAUCAGUAUAUGUGCAUCUUAUUCUUUAUAGAAGUGUCUAUUACAUGUAGUUAUAUGAAAAUUGGUGUAUACUGUCCCUUUAAGCAAAUUAGUGCCAAGUGUAUUUUCUUUGGAUUUUGGUAAAAGUAUUACAGAUUAGAUUGUAGCUUGUAGAUAACGAAAUCCCAGUGGUUUAUCAUUUUCCACAUACAUUAUUGAAGUAUUGCUGUUAUUUUCUAUAAGCACAUUCAGUCACAUUUCAUAUGUGCCAUUGCUCUCUAUUUAAAGUUAUUCUCUGUAUAUUGUCACUAUGUCCAUCUACCCGGUAACCCCCAGGGUUAGAACUACCAUUGGUCCAGCCCAUAAAAACCAGCCUAUAUAUAGGCAUAUGCCCAAUGUGUACAAUCCUAAUGCAGGGGAACUUUGUAUUAGUGCAAGUUGCAGGUCCAUCAAUCUAUCCUCAAAAUCAUUAUAUUGAGCAGAAUGUAAUUUAUUACUUUUGUGUUUUAU